CGUCAUCCUCGCUCCGUAGUCAAGCCACCAGCAAUGACGAUCCUCAAGUUCACGAAAGCCGACAUGCUCAACUCGACUCUUGUCACCCCAGAGACCGGAGCUCCUGUUUUCACCAUCCUCACGAGAUCCCACUUCAUCCGCGCAAACGGACGGGACUCAGAUACCGAGAGCGAGGAUGAAGAUAGCGCGACCCAGCGCACCAUUAUCACCAACAAGACAGGCAGGACUGUAGCAGAGAUUGCGUGGAAGGGCAGACAACCAGUGGAGGUUGUCAUUGGGAAGGAGAAGAUAAAUGUAAAAGGGAUGUUUGGGACAAAGAGUGCAAUACUAUCUCAAAAUGUUGUUGGGCUGCCAACUCGUUUUGACCCAGAACUGUUUUGGCUGGCAGCACCUAGUGGUCUUUCGCUACUAGACUAUGAGUCAAGUCAAACUAGAGGACAAUAUCACGUCAAUGCAAUACGCGUUGGCGAUAAGCUACGAGCCGCUCCAAUAGCAGGCUUUGGAAACGACUACCUCGAGUUCGAUAGCCAUCCUGACGCUCCGACAGAAGAAUUUAUUGUAUCAUUUAUCCUGGUGGAAACGAUGAGACGCGGCCGCUUCAAUCUCAAUCCGCACAAACCCUGGACAGAAAAUUUGGCCAGUAUAGGGCGGAAAAUACGAAGAAGUUCCGUCUGAACGUCUCCCACCACCAGCAUACCGUUAGACAUUGCAUAUUUUUUCCUCUGUCCAUAUUGUGUACUCCUGAUCACUCUUCAUUUCCUCCUUUUUGGUUCUGUAGCUCUACACACACUUCACGCUAUACCUCGUCGCAUUCGAUAUUCGACAUUCCGUGGCCCUCCGUUUUGUCUCUCUACUUUGACCUUCUCCUCGCAUUGUUUUAACUCCAGGCAAAUAUGCCUGACGUCGUCACUCAUUUACCCACAUCCAACGCCUUGAUCAUGCAUUCUUGGUUAUCUCCACCUCGGAUACGAUGUAUUUUUCCAGUCCCACCACUGCUACCGCUGUUCGCAGCGGCCCCAACCUGUCAAGAUAUGACCCAAACUGAAUUCGACAUAGUUCGACAUCC